ACAAACUAUAUAAGCAACACGCGCAUUUUGUUGUUGGGUUUUUCAAAAAAUAUUCGCCAGCUGUUCGGACGCGCGUGGGAACUGCGCUGUGUUUGUUGUUUUUUAUAAUUUCGAACGGAACGAACUGCUCGCACUCGGAUUUUAAUUUAUAUUUACGUACUAAACUAACGCGCGCUAACAAAAUAAAAGUAGCGGCGAAUUUCUAAAGUCAACCAUCUGACACGAGAAAAGUGCGCCAAAAGUUCGGGAAAACCAAAGAAAACCCUGUGGAAAGUACGACUUGCAUACCAAAUUGCUGCUUACCCACGUAAAUAAUAAAUAACAAGUAAUUCGGAAAGUGCAAUUUCGUGGGCAGUCAUUCGACAGCUGAAGGAGAAGAUAUCCGACGGUCGUGGGAUUCAAUACAGUGCUUCACCAGAUCGGCGGCCCUUCGUUUAUGAAUUGUGUUUUCCGGCGGUGUAUCCAGCUUAUCUCCGCCUUUUUCGGCUCCAGUUUUAUUGAACUCGACCGGAUCGGACGUACUACCUAUCUGCGGCUAGUCAGUGGGACUGAGGAAGCUAUUAAUCGAUCGCGAUUGUACAACCAAUUACCGGGUUUAUCAUCUAAUUCGAAGUCGCUCGGCACGACGCGAACUAUAAAUAGAAGCUGAAGUGUCCAAAUAAUCGGUAGACAGCGCUCUUGAUCACAAUCGCAAUAGUGUGUUAAAACUACAGAUAUAUAUAGGUAUAUAUAGCCUGAGGAAUACUGGCAGAGGCAAGAGGCAGUCGAAAAUAUUGAAAACCAGGGCUACAAAAACAUGAAGCAGUUUUUGGGUGAAUCGCUGGCGUUUUGAGCGCGGCUGCAGAGGCGCUAGAAUAGCGCCCGUGACUUGAAGCCUUACGUUCAUUCCCACCUGCAACCAUGAUGCGGCACUCCAGUUUACGCCUUAUAAUUGGCGGCCUGAUACUCCUCCUCUUCGUGCUUCAUGUCUUCAGCAAGGAACAGGGAUCUCAUUCCCACAAACGCAGCCAUUCGGCGAAGAGAUUCUCGCGGGACUCGAACUCCGCACGUGAGCGACGCCCAAACAUAAUCCUCAUUCUGACCGAUGACCAGGAUGUGGAGCUGGGCUCCCUAAACUUCAUGCCGCGCACGCUGCGACUUCUUAGAGAUGGAGGAGCCGAAUUCCGACACGCCUAUACCACCACACCCAUGUGCUGUCCGGCGAGAUCCUCCCUGCUGACUGGGAUGUACGUCCACAACCACAUGGUGUUUACCAACAAUGACAACUGCUCCAGCCCACAGUGGCAGGCCACUCAUGAGACGCGAUCCUAUGCCACAUAUCUCUCGAAUGCAGGCUAUCGCACCGGCUAUUUUGGGAAGUAUCUAAACAAGUACAAUGGAUCCUAUAUCCCACCAGGUUGGCGGGAGUGGGGAGGACUGAUCAUGAACUCCAAGUACUACAACUACAGCAUCAACCUGAAUGGACAAAAAAUCAAGCACGGUUUUGACUACGCUAAGGACUACUAUCCGGAUUUGAUAGCCAAUGAUUCGAUUGCCUUCCUCCGCUCCUCAAAGCAACAGAACCAGCGGAAGCCAGUGCUGCUCACCAUGAGUUUUCCUGCACCACAUGGCCCCGAGGAUUCGGCUCCUCAGUAUAGUCAUCUCUUCUUUAAUGUGACAACCCAUCACACUCCAUCGUAUGAUCACGCCCCAAAUCCAGACAAGCAAUGGAUCCUGAGGGUCACGGAACCCAUGCAGCCUGUUCACAAAAGGUUCACCAAUCUUCUCAUGACGAAGCGCCUGCAAACGCUCCAAAGUGUCGACGUUGCCGUAGAGCGGGUUUAUAACGAGCUAAAAGAACUCGGAGAGCUGGACAACACGUAUAUAGUUUACACUUCCGAUCAUGGUUAUCAUCUGGGACAGUUUGGACUUAUAAAGGGAAAAAGUUUUCCGUUUGAGUUCGAUGUCCGUGUGCCGUUCCUUAUCCGUGGUCCAGGGAUUCAGGCCUCCAAGGUGGUCAAUGAGAUUGUUUUGAAUGUGGACCUGGCCCCCACUUUCCUGGACAUGGGUGGUGUGCCAACGCCUCAGCACAUGGAUGGGCGCAGCAUACUGCCACUGCUUCUGAGCAGAAAUCGCGCUGUCCGAGACAACUGGCCAGAUAGCUUCCUCAUUGAAAGUUCCGGCAGGAGGGAGACAGCUGAGCAGAUAGCCGAAUCUCGUGCCCGCCUUCAAAUCGAAAGGCGAAACAUGAAACUGGUCAACAGUUCGCUGCUUGAAGAUUUCCUUGAGGGAGCAGGCGAAAGUACCACCAUUGUUUCGAGCAGCAGCACCGCUGCCACAUUGAUGAGCUCAACCGCUCAGCAGCCGGAGGAUGGGGAAGAGGAAGUGGAAACGGACAACGAAGAGGAUGAUGUAGACGGUGAUGGUGCCAUGGACAGCUCAGCAGCAGCACUGGAAGAAGAUGACCUCGACGAUGCCGCCUUCGAGGAGGGUGAUGAAGAGCUUGAUCAGGAGUUUCAACAAAACAACGAUCUUCCACUGGCUCCCUAUAUAACCAAGAUGAUGCGCCUUAACUCGGAGUGCUCUGACCCGGCGCUACUCAAAAACUGUCUACCUGGGCAAAAAUGGAAGUGCGUCAAUGAGGAUGGACGUUGGCGGAAGCACAAGUGCAAAUUCCAUCUCCAGUUAGAGCAUCAGUUGGCUGCGAUGCCCCGGAAGCAAUAUCAACGUAAUUGUGCCUGUUUCACUCCCGACGGAGUAGUCUAUACCAAGAUUCGAGCCCCAUCUGCUGGAUUGCAUCGCGUCAACAAGCGCACACAUCACGGCCCAGGAAGGCGUCGAAACAAGCGGGAGGUCUUCCACACAGAGUUACCUGACGAGAUGGAGGAGCUGUUGGAUCUCCAUCAGGUGGUAGAUCAACUUGUUGAUCAUACGCAUCGCAGCAAGCGUGAUUUGCCCGCAAGCAGCAACGAGACUAUUGCCCAGGUCAUCCAGCAGAUACAAAGCACCCUGGAGAUCUUGGAGCUUAAAUUUAACGAGCACGAGCUACACGCAUCCAACUCUAGUGGAAACUCAUAUGAUCGGGGAGAAAAGUACCCAAAAUCUGGUGGCCAUCGGUGCUUCGUGGAUGCGAUCACGGCUAAAGUGAACUGCUCAAAUGUGAUAUACGACGACGAAAAGACGUGGCGUACUUCACGUACUCAAAUUGAUAUGCUGAUCAAGCUUUUAAAGGACAAGAUUGGCAAGCUGAAGGAGAUGAAGAAGCAGUUGAGGGAAAGCAAUAAACAGGCCUUGGCGGCUGGCAGAAGAAAUGAUAACCGAUGGCGUAAUGAUCCCAAUGUGUUGGAUAGCGGAGCCGGACCAGAAUUCAACAUGAGCUACUUUACUGAGAUCAGCAGCACGCCAAGAUCAAACGUCGUAGGUCAAAAGGAAGUAUUCCGAGGAUAUGAAGGUGCAAACGUAUUCGAUUCAUCGGAGCCAACGCAGUCGCAUCGGUUUACACCGCGAGCAGAAUGCUAUUGCGAACCAGAUGUAGGCGAGAACCAUGCAGACUCUAAGGAAAUGGCGCGUGAGGCACGCCGGAAGCUUAAAGAGGAGCGACAGCGCAAGAAGGAAAGGAAGCGCAUUAAGAAGGCUCGCCUGGAAAAGGAGUGUCUGUCCGAGAAGAUGAACUGCUUCUCGCACGACAAUCAGCACUGGCGAACGGCUCCUCUCUGGAACGACAGUCCAUUUUGCUUCUGUAUGAACGCCAAUAACAACACCUACUCCUGCCUAAGGACCAUCAAUGGCACCCACAACUUUUUGUACUGCGAGUUUACCACAGGCCUUAUAACCUUCUAUAACCUGACCAUUGAUCGCUUUGAAACGAUAAACCGUGCAGCAGGUUUAACGCCUGGAGAAAGAUCACACAUGCACGAUGCUUUAGAUCAGUUGAAGGGCUGUCGAGGACGCAGUUGCAGCAUCCGGCGACACCAGAAUCACCUGGACGGCGGAUCCAGUGCUCCACUACUGCCCAUCAAUCAGGUGCACCGCAACAACAAACGAAAGCACUCUCCUCUCGCGGGUGCAGUUGGCAACUAUGCCUUCGUAGGCCCACGACUGGAUAUGGAGGGACUGCCUCCGAUAAAGCGGCGAAAGCUGUCCAAAUACAACAGAUUGACUGGCUCGCAGCAGUCGCACAUGAAGCGGCGUCCCUGGAAGCAGACGCCCCUUCAGCAGUCCCCCAGAUUCUUGCGCACGCAUUCUGUGACACCAGCCCAGACCUAAAGAUUCGGCUGGACCUAGACACCACACAUAUCCAAUGCGUAUCUUUUGUACCUUGCUUGCCCGCUUCUAAUCUUCGGUUUGCCCCAUUUAAUGUUUUCACACAUAAAUAAGACUGUGUUUUAAUCUAUCUUCUUAUAUUUAGAUUUCUUUUAUCAAACUGUGUGUAGUACAGUCCUUGCUACAUUUGGCUUGCAAUAUUUAUAGUUAGAGCUACAUUUUUGACUAGCUCCUAGGCCACCUAAUUUGUACAUAAAUUUAGUACCGAAAUUUUACGUAAACUAAAUAAAUUAUUUAGCGAAUUGGUUAAAAGUUAAAUUAGUUGAGCAUACGUAGCAAAGAUUUUAUAAAUUAAAGCGAACCCAAAUGAAAUUGUAUUUAUUGGCCAAUGCUAACGGAAAAAUGUUAUUGUGUAUUAGGGAACUAAAACCAUAUUUAUGUCGAACUAGAUACGUUCUAAUUGUUAAGUACCCUACCCGAAUUCCCAAAGACGUUUUGUAGCAGUCCAGCUUAAAAUCGAACAAAUAUAUGGUAUUUGCCACGUUAUAAAUGUCAUCAAAUUAACUCAAGAUUAAUAUAAUAAUUAAUAUAAUUAUUAAAGAGCGAUCCAAUAAAACUGCAAAGAAUUAACUUUUAUCACGAA